GGAGAGCGAGUCAGCGUUGGUCUCGAGGGCAGUUUAAGAGUGGCUCGAGUGGCUUCGGUGAUCGAUCGACGCGAACCGAGCGGAGCCGAAGGAGAUUGAGAGCGAUCGAGAAGAGUGCAGGAACCGGGUGCCGAGCUGUGUGCGCGUUGUGUUAAUAACCCCGGCUGGCGUCGCGGCGAUCCGAUCCGAUCCGAUCGGCCGGAUUCCGCCAGCGUUCCUCGUCUGCAACGCGAUCGGAACUUGUUUGCUCGUCGGCACGGCGCCUGUUUGUCAGCCACCGUGUAGCCUUGAUAUCCAACUCAUUCGACCGAAGGGCGAAGCAAACGCUCCGGAUUAUGGGGAGAGUCUUUUUCUCCUUCCCCUGAUCGAAAUGCCGUCGGCGCCGCGGCGCCCGAUCCAACAUCCCGUUGACCAACUACGCUGACUGUUAAACACCGCGGCGCCGCUGCUGAUACCUCGGACUCUGCUGCAGGAUGUCUACCGAUCUCGUCCGCAUGUCGCCGGCGAUCUCAGAGAUUGAACAAGGAAAACUAAAAGCAGAACUGCUAAAUCUGCGUCGACGAGGCGCGAAAAACGCUUCUGGCGAAGAGCUGAGCCAGGGACGCUGCUGCGCCAGAUGCAAAACACCUCUUGGUCGCAUCUACAACACCGGAGCUUCCUGUCCACGAUGCAGGCACCGCGUGUGCAGACAGUGCCGCGAAUACAGGGGUUCUAACGGUACGGACUGGCUGUGUCUCGUCUGCCACAAGAUCAUCGAGAUUAAAUCCGUGUCCGGCGAAUGGAUGAACGAGACAUCAGGCGCGAGGCGGUCUAACGGAAACGUCCGCGCUUCACCAGCGGACAUCUUACAUCACAGCAUUCGACGAUCUUGGACCAUUAACGGUCCCCCCGCCAGUUGGUGGUCCGCAGUUCGUGGUUCACCGGAGUUGCGGCCUUAUCAGAGCCUCCCGAGGCAUCGGGACCACUUCGAACCGGCGACUUCCGAGCUCGUGAUAACGGCUCGCGGAGAACCGGGAAGAGCAGGAGAGGAAGAGCACCGCGAGACGGUAAAGGAAGAGCAAAAAGGAGAUAAAGAAACCGGCGUAAAAUCGAGAGAGACGAGCGGCGAUAAUAGCGAUUUGCAGACCGCGGAAGGAGGCCAGCGUGGAGAAUCCUUGGCCGAUGGCGGUGACGAGGCGGCGGGAGUUGCAGCAGCUGCUGCCGAUAAAUCGCCGGAUGGAGAUUGCGAGACUGGUACUACGGUGAAGGUUCCCAAGUCCGAGGAGUCACCUCAGACCCAGCAGCUUCUUUCCCCCGCUGCUAGUCAGCUCAACAGAGCUUCUCAGAUCAAACCUCCCAGGAUUCACGCCAGACUCUCCAGGCUGCCCGACGUCAAACAAACGCCGACGAAAUCUAACGAAAGGAAAUCAAACAUCCCGAUACUCAGACGGAGCUCAAGGGAAUUCGAGGACAUUCGCAGCCCUCUCGAAUCCGUCAAACGGUCCCUCAUUCCUCAGAGGUACAGAGGAAGCACGGAUGACCUGAGAAGAAGCCGGGAGGACAUAGCAUCGCCGAUAAGUCACAUACCGAAGUUGUUCUCGCCUUCGAGGUUCAUCAGCAAGGAGGAACGGCUCAAACGGCAGGACAGCAAGGACGAGAUCAGGCACGUUCCAAAAUUGCCGAGCUUUCGGAAAGAGGAUAGAAAGGAUUCGCGGGAGGAAACUACGAAACAGCAAGCUUCGCCGAAGCCGGGAAAAGAGGAAACCAAGUCAGGGAUAAAAUUCUUCAGGCGAGACAGCAAAGAGUUGAGCUUCGAUUCACAGAAGUCGAGCAAGGCUGUGAAUACAGGGGAGAAAACCGAAAAGGAGGUGACAAAUUCAGCCAAUGACGAAUCUGCUUCGAAACCCGGAGUAAAACAGGCUGAGGAUGAGACGAGUCGGCCGACAAUAGAGCGAGAAGAAAUGGUCGAGAGUCGGGAACCCACGAACCCGAAGGAUACCCAAGAGGCGGAAUCGAAAAACGAACGAAAGGUCGACGGUCUCGUUUGGGAAAAUCUGCGCAGACUUAAUCCGAACAACAACGGCGAAGACGACGACGACGAUAAUAAAGACAUGAACAAACCACCGGACGAAACGGACCACCAUGUCGACUCCGAUCCUCGGCCCGAAACUGCCGCGGGAAAGGACGAGGAAACUGAAAGUUCUCCUGAUUGUCAGGAAUCCACGGCCGCCGAGGAGAAGGAAAAUAAUUCUCCGAAGAAGAUGCUGGAGGAAUAUCAAGUGGUCCGCAGAAAGUUUUCCAAAGAAGAAUUUUCGAAUACAGACGAUACCGACGAAGUGCCCAACAGACGAAGUUCAAGCCAUUUAUCACCCGAGGCGAGUCCCCUAAGUACGAGAUCCUCGAGAUACAGUCCGAGAGAAAGCGAAAGUGAACCGACUCCUGCACUUCCACGAAAAACUGGGGAAUCCAGCUGCGCCUCGCAAAGGGUGCGCGACGCCAUAACCCGGACCCGAAGGGAGUCGAACAGCAGCGCGAGGUACGAGAGCAGCGGCAGCGAAAGCAUCAGAUUGAGCAGCGGCCACCUCGAGACCCGGAAGGUUCGUUUUGGCAGUGGAAGUGGAAUAGAAGAAGUGCAAAGGGACAGCGCGACCAGUGCCGGAGAAGACGAGCCCAGAAAUAUUUCUCACAAUCCAGGCGGUCAGCGGGACUCCAGAACGACUCCAGCGGCCCUUCAGGCUCGAGCUGUCAGACGACGACGACAGUUUGAAACUCAGGGCUCUCGACGACGGGGUCGUUCGCACGCCAGAGGCUGCGCCGAGGACCUCCAGCACCUCCAGGUCAUCGGUCGGGGGGGUGCACACUUUAGCCCACCGCAGGGCCAACCGGGACAGGACCAGCCGAUCAUCGACUACCGUCGUCUCGUUUUCAUCAGCUCGGACUCCUCCUCUGGACGCGAGGAGGACGACGCAGACAGCAGCUCUGGGUCCUCCUCCCUCAACGGCGCCCCGAGGUCUACCCUGGCUCAGGGCCUCGAGGACUGCGACUGGGACUACUUUGAAAGUGGCGGGUCCGUACAGCCUCUCCACCACCUCCAGGUUGGACUCGUCGGCGUAACGACCUUACCGACCACCGCCACGACCCUCACAUCCACCCCGGGAUAUUCACCGAGUCCGGCUAGAAACCAUUCCGGAGUAUCCCUUUCGGGUCAGCAGGAUUGGAGCUGCUGUCCAGGGAGAGGCUCUUCCGCCUGUCAGGCGUGCGGCGGUGCGAGAGGAGCGAACGUGUUUCCGGUACCAGUACCGAUACCGGUGCCCGUGCCGUAUCCGGUCCCGGUGCCAGCCUCGCUGUGGACGUCGGGUUUGAGCAGCACGUCGAUGAUAAACUGCACCGCGGGUGACCUCGGGGCGCUUCAACUUUCGCGGGCUGGCGGACCAUCAGCAGCUGCCCAGUGGUUCGCCUGGCCGCCACGUUUCGUCCAGGACAUUAACGGCGGGCCCCGAAUCGCGGACCCUUCGGGCCUCCUGGAUUCACGCUCUCAGGACGCGGCGACGGCGGCCGCAGUCGCUGCGGCGACCUUCGCCUUCCACCAGGGGCGGACCGGUGCCCUGGUGGACUUUGGUCAACCGAGUGCCGAGAAGCCAGCCGAGCCCCCGGCAGGGGAGCAGGAAGAGUCGGCCUCCGAUGCAGUCGAGCAGAAGGCCGAGAAAUCGUCGGACUCCGAGAGCGAGGGAGAGGGAACGAAGAUGAACUACCGGAUGAACUCCGGGAGCUCGUCGGGACGCUCUUCGGCGGACAGCAGCGACCUCGAGGACUCGGCUUCCCACCACUUCUCUCGAGUAUUCGUGGUCAACGACGACUCGUCGACGAGUGACAACGAGCCCGAGGACGUCGAGGACCUCGAGGACUCUGACUCCAAUCGCGAGGUGGGCAUAACGCUGCGGCGAGUCACCGCGCUACCCGAGGAUGGACCUGUGGUCCUGCGGCACGUCCGGUUCCUCGACGAGGAUCGGAGUCAGCCGGAUACCAAGGAGACGGAGAGUUCCAGGGUAAAACUGAGCCGAGUGCGAAGCCUCGAACUCGAGAAAAACGAGAUAUACCUGGUCGACUCGGAGGCCGACGAAGCGGAGCACAGGGUGGAGCUCAAGUCUGUGAGGAGUCUGGAUCCCGACGUAAUCGGGGACUCUGAAAGCCCCGCUGACCCAGAUUCACUGAUGCCGGAGGGAGAGGAGAGCUCGGCGAUGGUUCCCGACUCCCUCGAGAUAACGAGCGACGCCUUUUCACCGCUCGGCGGCGACACUUGUUCGACCGAUACGAGGACCGAUAAGCCGGAGGCGUUAUCGCCGGUCGCGGGAGGCGAGAAUGAUAGCGGGUCUAGUGAUCGACCAGUUUUCGUACCGUCGUCGAUGAUCGACGGUGGCACGAUCAUGGCGGAUAAUAAAAGUGGGAAAUCGUAUUCCCCUCUGAACGCGACUCUACCCGGAAGUGAGACCAGCAACACGGGAAGCAGCGACACCACGACCGGCAGCGAGGUCAGCAGCGAUGAACUCCACGAGUACGACAUUACCGCUUGGUCUCGGGACCAGGACGAAGAGGAGGACGAGGACGAGGCCGCCGCCUUUAGCGCAGUCAACGACGAUCUGAUCAAGCUACGCGAGCGACUGAUCGCCGAGCCCAAAAACGAGGACAAGACUAACCAGGACGGGUUCAACUCCGAUGGCUUUUCCACCGACGAAGGGGGGUCCAGUAGGUUGGACAGUGGCGUCGCCACCGGUGUCGAGGAUGCUGCUGUCAACUCCCUUCAGACGACGCCCGGCGAAUCAAUAGAGUCGGUCCAUGCCCCGCCGGUGGGUGAUGAGAAGCAGGAGGAGAAGGAGAAGCAGGACGAGGAUCAUACGGUGAACGAUCUGAUAUCGAUAAAGAUCCACGAGAUAUUCAAGAGCGUCGGAUCGACGGACGUCGCGAGUGAUCACACGGUUGAAAUCGGCGGCGGGAAUGAGUGUCGUCGGAAAACUGGAGGAGAGAUAGUAGGAGGUGGAGGUGGAGGUGGAGGUGGAGGUGGAGGUGGAGGUGAGAGGCAUGAGCUGGAACAGGUGGAAGGGGCCGCGCGUGUCGGAGCGACGGGGACCACGGCGCAUGUUUCGCCAGCAUCGGCAGUCGAGCGACGCCCGCCCGUAGGGAAGGAUGGGUGCCAGACAACAGCAGUCGCUUCUCUUCAAUCACCGCCGAAAUCGACACAACACGCUGCGGCGAAAGGUUCGAAAAGCGUUGCUAACGGAAAUCGGUACAAGAGCCUCGUGAUGAUAACCCAGGGUGCCUACCAGCCGGUGAACGUCGUCACCUCGGACACGACGACCCUGCUUCAACCGGAGGAAGGACCGCCGGCCCCGCGUGGCCUAGCCGGCUACUAUCACCUGGCCCUGGAGGCCGCGGCUGAAGCUACGGGUCGCAAUGCGACCUCUCCUGCGGUCCCGCGAAGACCUCCGACAGUUAAGCGAUCGGCGCCCCGCGUGGCGCCAGUGGAACCGGAAGUUGAUAGUGGACUCAGCGUCGGUAGUGCCAGUGAAAGUGAUGACGUUCAGUCGGUCAAGAGCAGCGCUGCUGCCGGGAGGGUCGUGGCUCUUCCGGAGAAAAAUUCAGCCGCUGAGCCAGUCGUUGUUAUACUCGAGGAAGGUCUCGCCGACGACGAUUCGUGGGUCGAGGAGGUCUCUCACGACGAGGAUGAGCCCGGCGCAACCACCGCGACGGAGGAGAGCUCCGAGGACGAGGCCAACAACAUUGGCGACCGGGAGGAGGAGCUUCGUGGCUAUCACAGGCAAGCGAUCGACUUCACGCUUCACACAAUCGUCGAGGAAUCCUGCGAGGAGAGCGAGGCCGAGCCGUCCAGCCUCGCUGCCGGAAGUCCGAGGAAGCAACGACCGCCGUCCGCUUCCGAACUUGAAAAGUACUUCUUCUUUGGGCUCGGCGAGGGACCGGCGAGUGUCGGAGGAUCCCGCGAGGCGGACAGUCUUUCGGAGACUUCGUCGAUUUACUCGGAGGGACUCGAGUCCCUCGGCCAGGACGAAAACGGUCAGAUUACGGAGAAGAACUCGCCGGAGUAUCUGGUCUCUUCAUCGUCCUCAAGACUCGAGAAGUACUUCCUCUCCGACUUCUUAGGUUUCGACAGGGACCGAAGAGACUCGGACGGAUCCGUUGGGAGCGAUUCAGAGGGCAGACCAAGCCCGGAACAGCGCAGGAAACGCCUCGUUCGAGCCCGUGGAACAGGCCGAUCGCACAGCUCCUCCCUUGACAAUCUCCUCGCUCUUGCUCAGAGCUCCAACAAUCUCAGCUCGCAGAACUCGCUGCAGGACCUAAGCCUGAAUCCUGACUCUCAGGAGACUCAAUCGGAGGGUUCAUCGACCGAAACAGAUGGCGCCGACGAUCAGGCACCGGCUUUUGGCACCGACGGACAGUUUGAUACCGUUAAACGGAAGAAGAAGAAGCCCAGAAACCUCGGUACUCAGAGCCCGCGCAUCCCCGAGGAUAGAAACAAGACCCCUGAACCCACGAUUGAACUGGAUGCCGAUCUCGAGGCUGGAAACUCCGAAGAGGACAGAGCAAAGACUCCGCAACCGGACGCGUCUCAGCUACCGGAAAUGAGUCGGGUCAAGAGUCUGCAGACUCCACAGCUUCAGGCCGAGAAGAACGACGCAGGUCUCGUCAGGGGAAAGCAGCACUCCAGGGAUUCUGGUUUCAUCGGUAGCUACGACGACCUUCUACAGCAUCAAAGGACUCAAUUAUUAUCGGCCGAUGGACAAACUUCGAACGGUAUCCAGGAUCUAGGAAAAAAGGAGGAUAGGAGAGGGAUGGCCACGACGCGGUCGGAGCAGCCCGUUUCUCAGGCAAAUCUCGCGCCCCCGAAUGCCUCUCUCUCGCGGAAGGACAGCUUCAACAAUUGGUCGAGCGACGAGGAGACGAAUCUGAUGAUGUCGAAGAUGCGUCAGUUCUUCAAGACCAUGGUAGCGAACUCGAACAGCAGUCAAACGCCGACGAACUCGAGCGCCGCGUCUCCGGCACCGAGUCCUCGGCUUCCUGGUAGCUCUCCACGAUCCCGACCCGGUGCAGGAAUCGGUGUGGUUGGCAGUCAGAGCAGAACGAAGCCGCCGCAGCUUGUUUACUUCGAAAACGAACUUACCAGACUGAUGAAAACGGUACCCGGGAUCCGGGAUGAACAGGUUAAGGAAAUCGUCGAAUACCUGAGCUCGGAGGACACCUGGUCAGACUCGUAUGACAGCUCAGACUACACCAGUUCCGACCUCGAGGGCGCCGGCGGUCGGCGGUCCGCCCUUCAGGAACAGAUAUCGCAGAGCUGCCAACAGAUCAUCAGCAAGUUCGACACCACCGGGACCGUCGAACCGCCGGCCGCACCGCAGCCGCAGCCGCUUGGCUGCCGCGACACGGCCUUUGUGUAUCAAAAACUGGUCCAGAGCUUCACGAAGAUGACCGGCGACGGCGGAAGUUCGGACGCCAGCUCGACGCCGCACAGCAGUCCUCCCCUGAUUGCCAAGGUCAUGCAUCACAUCGGAAGCCGGCUGGUCGCCCUGAUGCACGAGGUCUCGGAGGGCGGACCGGCCGUCCAGCAGCCCGCUCAACCCUGGCGACGGUAUCCUCACCACAGGACUCCCUCGUCCGCUAGCACAACCGAGGACGACGAUUCGACCUCCGAUUCCGCCCAGCACCCCUUGCCAAGGUCGAAGUCUCACGAUCCGCUUCUUCUGCUCAACGGACAUCCGGCCGCCGGUUACCAGGAGGGCGAGGAACGCGAAGCCAGCGACAACGAGCGUUUCUCGUGGCGCGGCAGCUUUGAGUCAGCUCUCAUGCCUGCUGACUCCAGGACGAAACUCAGCCUCCUGGCUUGCUCCGGCGACGUCAGCGCGUCCGCUAGCGCUCUCGCCAUGGCCGCUAAACGCCGCAGCGCCGGCGAUCUACUUUUCAAUCCCAAGAGUCUGUCACGCGAACAACUUGACCGCGUUAGAAGCUGCGGAUCCAUCGGAGGCGGCUCGGCUUCCAUUGAGGACAAGAUAUGGAGCAACAGGAGAAGGUCUUCUGUUCCUGACGCUAACACCAGGGGAGAAUCCGGGGCGUCGGCCGGCGACGAUGACACCGAAGACGAACUGGAAUACGCGGCGGAUUCGCGGGCGACGACGUUGCCUAGAGGGCUGCAGGCGGCAGCGACAGCGACCAACUCGCUCCCCCGGCUGCCGGCGGUUUCACUCACUUCCGGUCCCGGUUCGACAAUGCACAAGGCCCACAGUGUUCACCACUUCCUCCAGCAGCACAACAACGUCAAAUCCGCAAGGUAUCGGCCGCCGGGAUUCGCCAGGAACAACAUCUCCGGUGGCGGCCCUUCCGCUGGACCCAAAAGGGCCGUCAGUGCACCCGGACUCCAACUUCCGGCCGGCUCGAGCUCUGUUGGUAAGCGAGAAACCGCCAGGAGUCGAAGGCAGGCCAUUUCUCUCACCCCCGAUGACGGCAGUAGUCUUUCGGAGGCUUGCAGUACGCCCAUUAUCGGUGGAGCCAGAGCCAGCAGCCUCUCAAACGACGACGUUAUGGAUCGCGAUCUUCACGCCAGCCUUCUCGGCACCAGAGCGUCGUCAUCCAGUCUUGGGGCGAGGUCCGACUCCAUGGCUUCGGUGUACAGCGGAGCAGGCGAAGGACGGUGGUGCGGAUCGGUCGCCGUUAGGGGCGAAGUCGAAUUCGGUCUUCAGUACGACUACAAGCAGAAGGCCUUCGAGGUUCGCGUCACUCAAUGCAGAGACUUGGCGCCGGUCGACGUCAAGAGGAAUCGCUCCGAUCCAUACGUCAAGGUUUACCUAUUGCCUGACAAAUCGAAGGGUGGGAAGCGGAAAACUAAGGUUAAGAAACACACGUUGAAUCCUGUCUUCGACGAGACACUCAAGUUCCACAUGAGCCUCAACGGACUCGAAACCCGGACUCUCUGGCUCACAGUUUGGCACUCGGACAUGUUCGGGCGAAAUGAUUUCCUCGGCGAGGUCAGGAUGACUCUGGAGAACAAGAUUUUCGACGAUCCUACGCCGCGAUGGUAUCCGCUACAGGAAAGAUCCGAGCCCUUCGACGAUCCCGUUACUUACAAAGGCGAGGUGAUAGUGGGGCUGAAAUUCGUGCCUCCUGAUCCGACGCAGCAGCAGCAAGAGCGGUCUGGAGAGAGGAGCGGAAGCAGCGAGAAAAUCGGGUCCAAGGCCCGAAAGAGCUGGAGCAAAGGGGCCCUUCACGUUCUCGUCAAGGAGGCACGGAAUCUACAAACUCGGGCGAAACACGGAGGCACCUGCGAUCCUUUUUGCAAAAGCUAUCUUUUACCGGACAAGGGUCGUUCUGGUAAGCAAAAAACGGGGGUUGUGCGCCGGUGUACCGGAGGCUCGCCCGUCUGGGGCCACACCUUCAUUUACAGGGACGUCAGUCUUCAGGAACUCGCUGAACGCGGCCUUGAACUCACCGUUUGGGAUCACGACAGAAUAGCGAGUAACGAAUUCCUCGGUGGCGUUCGAUUCAAUCUCGGGACAGGCAAGCACUACGGCAAAUCGGUCGAAUGGAUGGACGCGACCGGCCGUGAAUUGUCCCUGUGGCAAAAUAUGCUCGAGAGGCCAAAUUUCUGGGUUGAAGGAGCUGUUACGCUCAGACCAAAUCUCCACAAUCAUCCGCGGAACAACGCCACGUAGGCGGCGUAGCAAUAGAGUGUAAUUUUUACCAUUAUACCAGUACACAUAAGAUAUACAUAUGUAAGCGAUAAGUUCGUCAAACUCUUUUAUAAGUAAGAGAUAUACACAUACAUACAAACACACACACACACACACACACGUAUAAUAUACACAAUACUUGUGUCUAUCGGAAUUAAGAGAUAGAAAUAUGAUACUAACCAGGCGUGUCACUGCCAAAAGAAAAUCUAAACCAUUUUUAUACGAUAUCGCAUAGGUAUAUACGGCAUAUUAUAUACAUUAUAAUAUAACGCAUUCCCCCUGUAGACAUGUAACUAUGCGUUCAUUUUACAUUUGCGUAUGUAUAAAGGGCUUUACGUUUCAGCUGAAUUCGAGCGUUUGUUUUUUCUCCCCUAGUUGAAAAUCGUUGAAAGAAUUUGAUACAGAAAUAUUAGCGAUUUGGCAAAGUUUCAACGACAAGAAAAAGAAAAAGAAAGAAAGAAAGGAAACGGCAUAACGCAAUUAUUUUCAGUGAUACUUGCCGAUGUAUUUUUUUGUCCGAUGGCCACAUUUUCAUCGAAAAAAACGACAGAGAAAUUUUUUGACGUUUUCUGAUAAAAAAAAUUAUCGCAAGAAAGAAAAACUCGAAUCGCAGACUGAACGUAACGUCCCUGAAAAAUGUAACCGAUUCGUCCAGGCAAUAUCCAAGCACACAAGCGAAAAACGCGCGAUAAUGCGGACGAGACGUAAUUACAAGUGCGACGUACAUACGCAAAUGCAUGUGUGAAGAUCGAUUGAACUUUAUACGUGGAAAGUGCGUUAAUAUAUUACAUAUUUACAAUGAAUCGUAUACAAACGUCCCUCAUGCCGGCAUCUCGCGGCGUAUUUAUACUUCGAUUAUUAUAAUUAAGGUUACGGUUAUUGAAAACGAAGAAGAAACCAGGAGAAACAAUGGGACGCAAUUUAUAAUCGAUAACCAAUACAAUUACAAUGUAUAAAUAAAGGCAUGUAAUAAUGACAUUUAUGUGCCUAUGCGGACGCCUAUACGAUCACGUUGUUAUAUGUAUUUAUUGUAUAUAUAACAACGAAUAAACAUAACAGCCGUUAUUUCAUUUCUCUCUUUCUUUAUUGUUCUUUCGCGUUCUUUGUCCGACGACGAGCGGAAAAAAAAACGUUAAGAAGAAGCUAAAAAUGUUUCGUUAAUUAUGAUGAAGGUAUUUUUCUCCCGGUGAGAAAAACAUAUGCUUCCAUAUUAUAUUAUAUUAUAUUAUUGUGUUAUUAUAGAUAAAUAUAUAUAUACACACGCAAGUUUGAUGUGUAACGGAUAGAUGAUAAUAAUAUAAUAAUAUAAUAAUAGUUGUGAAAAUAUGAUUUUCGUAUGACGAAUGCAGAUGCCAAUUUGGAUGUAUGUAUUUGGUAUGCUGUUUUUACGUAUACACGUUGCGGAAUAUGAGGAACGGUGCAUUUAACAAGUUUAAAUACACCAGAUUUCCACAUUAGGUAAUAUUAAUUACACAAAUGCACACAUACAUAUAUAUUUGUAAGUUUGAUAUUAAACCGUAUAAUAUAAUUAUAUAAUAAUAAUAAUAAUAAUAAUAAGAUCCUCGAUGAAAGACAAAUGAAUGAUAAGGCUGAGCUAUUAAUUCGUACUUAAAAUACGUUAAGUCAAGUCUUCUUCGCGAGUCGUCGUGCGAUGAUCGUUAACGAUUUAAAUUACGUGGGUGUAUUUUCUGUAGUUUUUUUUUCGUUUAUUUUUUGUUUUUUAUACACAAACUAGCCUGAUUUCAGUAGCUCCUUGAAUUAUUAUUACACAAUACGUUUUUGUCCUACAUAUUCCAUAACUAGUUGGUUAUAGAACUAAUUUAUAUAUAUAGAUAAAAAAAAAAAAAAUUACAAAUAUGUAUAUUAUAAAAUUAUUAUGUCUUGUAAUAAUAUAAUAUUAUAAUAUAGUGAUGGUUGUCAAUUAUAAGCUUGCGUGUGAUACUCGGCGUUGAAUUUUUCACGAAGAGGCUUUUACAAGCGCAGCCGAUCAAUUGUGCGUGAAAAUUUAUUGGUUAAAAAGACGAAACAAAAAGAAAAAUAAAAAACAGGAUGGUCGACCAGGGGACGAAAUUCCGUCUUAUAAAUCGUAUUAUAUAACAUAAUAUCAUCGUACAACAUAGCUCUCACUAUAUACGUAUAUUUGACGAAUGGAAUAAAUUCAUUCUCAAAUUUCUAUCGACGAAGUGAAUUUAUUAUAUACAAGCAUACAUACACCCGAAAGAAAUGUUGCAAUAAUUUUAGGAUAAACGGUCCGUAUACUUUACCAUACGUUACAUACAAUAUAGAUACAUGAGUCGUCAUUGGUCCUUGUGUACUAUGUAUAACAAUAACAAAACGCAUAUCCCAAUUAAUCAUUGAUAUAAAAUAUGGAAUUGAUGUUCUAUUUAUACAUACAUAAUAUCGAUAAUAUUAUAUAUACAUACAUAUGUAUAUAUUCGCGAAUGUAUACAUGAAAAUAAAGAAAAAAACUUUUAUAUCAUUU